CCGACUUUGUUGCUCUCGCUGUUCGAUCAUCUUCACUUACUUCACGUUGAUUUUAUGUAUUUUGGUUCUUUCAACUACUCUCUUUGCUACGAUUUGACGAUCUCUCGCUAUAUUUCUCUCGCUCUGCAUAUUUGCUUAUACCGGCACACAUUGACGCUCGUUGCCUCCAACGUUUGCUGUUGCAAAAUCGAAAGCCUCCUGUCCCAAGUCAACAAUAGCCCGACCGCGCAACUUCGUUCCAUGAAUUGAGGUGUUUGACUACCGGCACGGCGUGUGAGCCGAAUAGUGGCUCGUCUGUGGACAGAGUUUGACGCGUCCGAUACCUCUCAGUCAGAAUGGCUGCUCGUGGCAAUGUUCCUGCUCAUCUACAGGCUUCCUUGCCUACACUUCCUCCUCAUUUGCAAUCGGAUACCCAUUUGACAGCCCACCUUGCAAGCCGAUUCCAUGUCUCUCUUCCUACGGCAAGGUUAUCAUCACAGGCAUUGAUAUGCCUCAAUACGUAUACCUCGUCAACCAGGGGUCCAAAUGGUGAAAAGGAGGGGAGUGCCAUGGGCGAGGCCGAGGAUCUCGCCCGUAGGGCAUGGGCACGACUGGGAAAUAGAGCAGAAGAUCAGGCUAUUGUCUUUUUUGGAGAGUCUGGUUCAGGCAAAACGACUGUCAGAUCGCACUUGCUUUCCUCCUUCCUUUCGUUCUCCUCCACACCACUAUCCUCCAAACUGUCCCUUGCCGCCUUCGUCUUCGAUACCUUGACCACGACCAAAACCACCACCACUCAAACAGCAUCAAAAGCUGGAUUGUAUUAUGAGCUACAAUAUGAUGCCUCGUCAUCGAUUCCCACCCUCAUUGGAGGCAAACUGUUAGACCAUCGCUUGGAAAGGAGUCGAAUUUCACAUGUGCCGACCGGCGAAAGGAGCUUUCAUGUGCUGUACUAUCUUCUGGCCGGAACAAGUGCGGCAGAGAAGUCUCAUCUUGGUCUCAACGGACACACAAACAUCACGACGUCCGGCACUGGCCUGACAAGGUCUGCGUCUGUCGCACAGAAACGAUGGAGAUAUCUUGGGCAUCCAACGCAAAUGAAGGUGGGCAUCAAUGAUGCCGAAGGCUUCCAGCACUUCAAGACGGCUUUGCGAAAGCUGGAAUUCCCCAGAGCUGAAAUCGCCGAAAUAUGUCAAGUUCUUGCUGCUAUUUUGCACAUCGGCCAGCUCGAAUUUGGCACCGGUCAGGCCACGUUAACUGCGGCCGAAGAAAGUGGUGGAUACUCUCACGAAGGUGGCGAGACAGUCACGGUCGUCAAGAACACGGACACUUUGGCUCUGGUCGCGGCGUUUCUGGGACUGAGCGUCCAGGAUCUGGAAGAAAGCAUGAGGCACAAGACAAAAACACUCCACCGAGAACGUGUCACUGUCAUGUUGGAUCCUAAGGGCGCUCGAGAAAACGCCGAUGAACUUGCAACCACCUUGUACUCGCUCCUGGUUGCAUAUAUUAUUGAAAGCAUCAACCAAAGGAUCUGUGCUGCAGAAGACGCUGUUGCCAACACCGUCUCCAUUGUCGACUUCCCGGGUUUUGCGGACCACUCUUCCACCGGAUCUGUUCUAGAUCAGUUGUUGAACAAUGCUGCAAAUGAGUCGCUCUACAAUACUUGCCUCCACGGCUUCUUCGAAAAGACAGCCGAGAUGCUCGAAAGCGAAGAAGUCAGUGUGCCUGCAACCAGUUAUUUCGAUAAUUCGGACGCUGUCCGUGGUCUCCUCAAGCAUGGCAACGGAUUGCUUGCCAUACUUGAUGAUCAAACACGUCGUGGUCGUACUGACACCCAAUUUUUAGACAGCAUUCGAAAGCGUUUCGAGAACAAGAAUAAGGCGAUUACGGUGAGCAGCGCCACUACCACCCUGCCAGGAAGCAAUUUCGCUACGACAAAUCUCGCAGCAUCCUUCACCGUGCGUCACUAUGCCGGUGAGGUGGAUUAUCCUGUCAAUCGCUUGGUCGAAGAAAACGGCGAUGUGGUCUCGGGAGACUUGAUGAACAUGGUCAGGGCUACUAAGAGUGACUUUGUGGCUAGCCUGUUCGGUCAAGAAGCCUUGAACACCAUUAGCCAUCCCUCAGAGAAGACAGCUAUCGUGCAGGCACAGGUCAGCUCGAAGCCGUUACGCAUGCCCAGUCUUUCCCGAAAGAAGCAUGACCAACUGCGCCGGAUGGGCAGUCGAAGAGCAGACCGCUCGCCUGCUUUACAGGAAGAUACAGAAUCGACACAUGCUCUAGAGGAGGCCAGAACCAGAAAAACAAAGGCUUCAGCAACAGGCCUGACUCAGGGUGCAGCUGCACAGUUCCUGUCGUCUUUGGACAACAUCACCAAAUCACUGACUGCACCAAAUGUCAACAACUACUUCGUGUUUUGUUUGAAACCAAAUGAUAGGCGGAUCGCCAAUCAAUUCGAUAGCAAGUGUGUUCGUCAGCAGGUUCAGAUGUUUGGAAUACCCGAAAUCAGUCAACGACUUCGGACGGCUGAUUUCAGUGUCUUCCUUCCAUUCGGUGAAUUUCUGGGGCUGACUGACGCCGACCCUGGCGUCGUUGGAAGCGAUCGCGAGAAGGCACAGGUUGUCCUGGAUACCAAACAGUGGCCCGGGAAUGAGGCGCGAAUUGGUAACACUGGUGUUUUCCUCAGCGAACGCUGCUGGGCGAGCAUUGCCCUCACUGGAUCUCAGAGCACCGCCUACUUUGGCGGCGAAGUUCCCGCAAUUUCCAGGCCUGAUACUCCGAGCCUCAACCCCUUUAAUGAUUCCAAGGCUCGAUUAGUUGCCUCACACGAAGGAACUCCCGGCUCCUUCUAUGGCGAUGAAACAAAAGGAGGCUACUUCGGCAGUCGAGAACUUGACGCCAAAUCUGAUGCUGGCGCCUCAGCCUUCAACUCUGGGGAUAUGUUCCGCAACCUCGAAACCAAAGAAGAACUGGCCGAAAAAGGCAACAGAAAGAAGAUGGAAGAAGUCGAUGUUGUACCCGUUUCGUCUUCACGCAAGAGGUGGCUGGCGAUUGUGUACUUCCUUACUUGGUACCUCCCAGAUUUUGCUAUCAAGUGGGGUGGUGGGAUGAAACGCAAAGAUGUGAGAAUCGCAUGGAGGGAGAAGUUCGCGAUCAACAUCCUCAUCUGGAUCAGCUGCCUCUUCGUGGCGUUCUUCAUCGUCGUUUUCCCCCAGCUCAUCUGUCCGAAGCAAAACGUGUACUCCGCGGCAGAACUGUCAUCGCACGAUGGCAAGAAUGGUCACAGCGCUUAUACGGCUAUACGAGGUGUGGUGCUCGAUCUAGGUGCUUUCGCACCUUCCCACUAUCCGAGUAUCAUCCCGCAAACGUCACUGGAGAAAUACGCUGGUCUCGACUCAACUGGCAUGUUCCCCGUUCAGGUCUCGGCCCUUUGUCAAGGAAAAGACGGCCGAGUGGAUCCUACGGUUCAGUUGGACUAUACGACAACGAACAUCACAGGUUCUGCUACAGUCAUCAGCAGCACUGACCCGAAUCGCCGGUACCACGACUUCCGCUAUUUCACCAAUGAUUCCCGCCCAGAUUGGUUUUUUGAGCAGAUGAUCAUGUUGAAAUCCAACUACAAGAAAGGAAGUAUCGGAUAUACUCCACAAUAUGUGCACACCCUUGCCAAAAAAUCACACUCGAUAGCGAUAUUGAACGGCAGAGUGUACGACUUCACCACCUACAACCAAGGUGGCCGCAGCACCAGGGCUCCUCCAGGUCAGACAGUUCCAUCCGGGGUUGACACGGACUUUAUGGAUGACCUUGUGGUUGAACUGUUCACGCAACGAGCCGGACAAGACGUCACUAAAUACUGGAAUGCUCUUUCUUUGGACUCUGGGUUGAGGAGUCGAAUGCAGCUUUGUCUUGACAAUUUGUUCUUUGUUGGAGUCACGGAUACCAGAAACUCGGCACAAUGUCUCUUCGCCCGGUAUAUCCUCCUGGCUAUCUCCAUCCUGCUUUGUACUGUGAUUGGCUUCAAGUUUUUGGCUGCGCUUCAGUUCGGAGGCAAGAACAUACCUGAAAAUCUCGACAAGUUCGUCAUCUGCCAGGUUCCCGCCUACACGGAAGACGAAGAAUCUCUUCGGCGAGCUAUCGACUCAGCAGCGCGGAUGCGAUAUGACGACAAACGCAAAUUGCUCAUCGUGGUCUGCGACGGUAUGAUUAUCGGUCAAGGAAACGACCGACCGACACCUCGCAUUGUCCUCGAUAUCUUGGGAGUGUCGGAAACAGUCGAUCCAGAACCACUGAGCUUCGAAUCUCUGGGUGAAGGUAUGAAGCAACACAACAUGGGCAAGGUAUACUCUGGCCUGUACGAAGUGCAAGGACACAUUGUUCCGUUCUUGGUGGUUGUCAAGGUCGGGAAACCCUCCGAAGUGUCCAAGCCUGGGAACAGAGGCAAGCGUGACUCCCAGAUGGUCAUCAUGCGCUUCCUCAACCGAGUUCAUUACAAUAUGCCCAUGAGCCCGCUAGAACUGGAGAUGCAUCACCAGAUCAGAAACAUCAUCGGAGUCAAUCCAACGUUCUACGAAUUCAUGCUGCAGAUCGAUGCCGAUACGGUUGUGGCUCCCGACUCGGCUACUCGCAUGGUUUCAUCAUUCCUACGCGACACGAGGCUGAUAGCUGUUUGCGGCGAGACUUCGCUGUCCAACGCGAAAGCAUCCUUCAUCACGAUGAUGCAGGUUUACGAGUACUACAUUUCGCACAAUCUCACCAAGGCAUUCGAGUCCCUAUUCGGUUCCGUCACUUGUCUACCGGGUUGUUUCACCAUGUAUCGAAUCCGGGCCGCAGAGACGGGAAAGCCACUCUUUGUGAGCAAGGAAAUCAUCGAAGACUACUCUGAAAUCCGAGUCGACACGUUGCACAUGAAGAAUCUGUUGCAUCUGGGCGAAGAUCGAUACCUGACUACGCUUCUCUUGAAACAUCAUUCCAAAUACAAGACCAAAUACAUCUUCCACGCCCACGCCUGGACCAUUGCUCCUGACAGUUGGAAAGUGUUCAUGUCUCAGCGACGUCGAUGGAUCAACAGUACUGUUCACAACCUGGUUGAAUUGCUACCGUUGCAGCAAUUGUGCGGCUUCUGCUGUUUCAGUAUGCGGUUUGUCGUCUUCCUGGAUUUGUUGUCGACAGUAAUCGCGCCGGUCACGGUAGCUUAUAUUGUCUAUCUGAUCGUGCUUCUCUCCACGUCUUCCGACGUUAUCCCACUGACCGCAUUCAUCUUAUUGGGAGCAAUCUAUGGGUUGCAAGCCAUUAUCUUCAUCCUCCGCCGCAAGUGGGAAAUGAUCGGGUGGAUGAUUGUGUACAUCCUAGCCAUGCCCGUCUUCUCUCUGGGCCUGCCUCUGUACUCAUUCUGGCACAUGGACGACUUCAGCUGGGGUAAUACGCGUCUGGUGACUGGUGAAAAGGGUAAACAGAUUUUGAUCUCCGACGAGGGCAAAUUCGACCCCGGCUCGAUCCCGAAGAAGAAAUGGGAAGAGUACCAAGCAGAACUAUGGGAUGCUCAAACCCAGCGGGACGACGAAAGAUCCGAGAUCUCGGGUUACAGCUACGGGACCAAGUCGUACCACCCUGCCGGGUCCGUCUACGGCGGUGGCCCUGGGGUCUAUGAAAGCACCGCACACCUCAUGGCUCCUUCAAGAUCUGUGUCACAGCUCGACAUACAUCCGCCGAUGUAUGAGAGGGGGUACAGCCAUUCCAGGAUGUCUCUCGCUCCUUCGGACAUGUUGGGUGGUGGCAUGAUGGCAGGAGGUCAAUCUGUUGCCGACAUGGACAUGGCCGAUUUGACCGGAUUGCCCACUGAUGAUAUGAUCCUGAACGAAAUCCGGGACAUACUCAAGACGGCGGACCUCAUGACCGUGACGAAGAAGGGUAUCAAGCAAGAAUUGGAGCGGCGAUUCAACGUGAAUCUGGAUGUUAAGCGAGCCUAUAUUGGAAGUGCAACGGAAGCCAUUCUCUCCGGUCAGCUGUGAUUUAUCCCGCAUAGUCUAGCGUAUGUCCUGAUCUAGCGACAUGUUUCAACAAUGGCAGAUUGCAGGAGUUCAGGAUGACCAAAAGAAAUGGGCGGCAUUGGUAUGCAUUAUUAGGUACAGGAGAAGGGACUCCAUGGCUAGCUAUAAUCUCUUGGAGAGCGAUGGAUUGCAUUUGUAAUUGACAGGGAGAAGGACAUCAACAUAGCAUAGAUGUAGCAGGAUCUCCAGGAAUCUGACGUGUGUACCAAGUUUUGUGCCCUUUUUGGUUGCCUUCUGAGCUGCUGGGGGAGUCUGCGAUACGUACGGCUCUCCUGCCAACUUCUGUAGCCGUACACUGGUGCUAUGCGGAAAUCCUAGCCUACAAAUCACUCGAGGAUCA